AUGUCAUUUAAGCACAUAGGAUCAAAAUGCUAUGAAAAACAGCGUGAAGGUCGAUGUUUCCCUCUUGCCCCUUUCCAGACGCGUUUGGGGAACUUGGAAAGGGACGAAACUGGGACUGGCAGGAAUCGGUUCCAUGGGUUACAUCGUCAUCAACUUUUGUCAGCCCCAAUGUGUCUGAUUGACGCCGUACCUUGGUUCAAACCAGGACAUACAAAGCAGUUACUGGCUAUGGACGGACCAUCUUCACCUAUCACACACCCUGUGGCUUUUAAUUUUGUCUUCGCUAUGGGGGAGCCUCUAAGUGGAAUUCCGAUGCGCCGUGCGCGAGCUCCAAACGCAAUUCGACCUCUAUUCCAGGUCUCUCAUCGGCGCUGUCAGCUACGCAAGCCAACAGGUCGAUCAUUGCUGUAUUUGCGCUUUGAACCUCAAGCGCCUUCCUCCUUAUCCCAUACAAGUGCGCACCUGUGAGCUAACCGAAGAUCGCAGCUGUUUCGGGAAGACGACGACGAGGGCUUGUGAGUCACCCUUGCGGCCUUGAUGGUAAUGAUGUAUGGCCACAAGCGAUGGUCGGCUAGGAACAACAGAAUCAUGGGACCUUAAUCCAUGCUCAGCCACAACCUCGGUCAUCUUGGCGUAUGAGGGUUGUUCAUGACACGCCAAAAAGAAGUUUGUCACUGUUGAGACGAUUGGACUUUGUUUCAAGACGCGGGAUAUUUAGGAGGGUGCUUUGCACAGCACUUGUUAUAUGCUAGUCGUGUCGUCUCCACGCUGGGGUAAUAGCGGAAGGCUGCGUGACGACGGCCACGGCGGAACUGGAAAAGUGGUCGAGAAUCACUUGCACAUGGUGAGUUUUGACCGGGUCUUUUGGCUUGAAUCAACGUCGUUGCAUCUAUCCUAGUUCUUCUACACU